AUGGCUCACCGUACCUCCGCCCUCCUCCUUGCCGCCGCCAUCAUUACUGUCGCCACCGCCGCUACGGUCAAUAAAACCGCCACCUUUGGCCUCCCAAGCCAAUUCUUAUCCCCACACAAUGCGAUUCGCUCCCCCCUCAAGCUAACGCCGCUAACAUGGGACCUGCAAUUAAUGCAAUAUGCCGAGAGCUAUGCGCUUCGACGGCGCAGCGACUGUGCCCUCGUUCACUCAGGCGGGCCAUAUGGUGAGAACAUAUUUUGGGGCUCAGGUUCAGGGUGGAGCCCCGCCCAAGCAGUGGCGGCGUGGGGCGGCGAGGGCCGAUGGUACUCCAUCAAAGCUAACACCUGCGUCGUCGGCCGAGAGUGUGGGCACUACACGCAAAUCGUAUGGCGAUCUACACGUCGAAUCGGAUGCGCCACCGUCAACUGCGUCGGUGGGCGCGGCCAAUUCAUGGUUUGCGAGUAUGAUCCACCAGGGAAUUACAUUGGGGAGAGACCUUAUUGA